AUGUUCAUUUUCCCUCAAUCCAGAAGCCUCAGUGCUGGACAGCGACAGCAGUUCAGUCUAUCCCGCACGCUGAUUCGCAAGAGCAAGAUUCUGGUGCUCGAUGAGGCUACAGCCGACGUUGACCGGGAAACAGAUAAACUCAUCCACGAUGUAAUUCACCAGGAGUUUGCGGGCAGUACUAUUUUGACUAUCGCGCACCGUCUUGAAACCGUCAUGAGAAGCGACCGGAUCAUCGUCAUGGAUAACGGCUGCAUUGCCGAGUUCGACACACCGGCCAUCCUGCUUGCCAAGGGCGGCCACUUUGCUGAUAUGGUAGCCUCAAACAACUUCUAA